CAAUCACGCGACCUAAUAUUACAUCUGGACAGAAAUAGUUUAGUCUUUAAAGGACACAACGAUUCGUGAUUAAACGACAAAUCAGUAGCUUAACGGAGUUGUGGCGCCAUCUAUUGACGAGUAAACGCAUCACGUGACGAGUGAGUGCGUCAGAGCACGGAAGUUGUCAUAAGGAGCUAAAAAGAGCUGCGGAGAGGACUGCUGAUGUUAUAACCUGAAAAUAACUCUCUCUGCUCGCUUACAUACCACCGAAUUGCGAGUGCUUUUCGGACCAUAAGCUAUAUAAACAGCCCGACUCGACCCGCAGUUUGAGGACAGCGCUGAAGCAGUGAUAUGGAGUGGUUUGGAGGCGGCGUGUUUCAACCUGAACAGGAGCGAAAGGAAAACAUGCCCUGCACACACCCACACGAGCCCAGUGCGGAGAGCAUGGCGUCUCUGUGCCUGAGUCAGCAGCGCUGUGUGAAGGCCUCCAUCGCGUCGCAGUGGCAGCUGGCCGAGGCGCAGAACCAGCUCUGCGGUUUGGAGCUCCACAGCUCAGAGUCUGUGGAGCAGGAGCACGCCAGAGCCCUGGCCUCCUCCGCAGAGCUCUCACAGACCGAACAGGAGUGGAGACAUAAAGAGAGGAUGCUGGGACGGAGCCCCACUCUGUGUCCCGAGUCCAGCCGGGAUGUGUUUGACAAGAGUAUCAUAAACAGUUCACAGUCUUGGCCUAAUGAGUCAGAUCACGAUAAGAACAUAAGCUUCGUCCAGCGUAAUGAACAACUCUUGAAACAUUUUGGUAUGUUAAGGAGGUGGGAUGAUAGUCAGCGCUUUCUAGCAGAGUACCACCACCUCAUCUGUGAAGAAACGGCCAAUUACCUGAUCCUGUGGUGCUUCCGUCUACAGGGAGAACAGAAAGAGGCCUUAAUGGAGCAGGUGGCUCAUCAGGCAGUCGUCAUGCAGUUUAUUCUGGAAAUGGCUCGCAACUCUCAGCAAGACCCAAGAGGCUGUUUCCGUCAGUUCUUUCAGAAAGCCAAAGCAGGGCAGGAGGGAUACUUGGACGUCUUCCACACAGAACUCAGCGCCUUUAAGCAAAGGGUUAAAGAGUAUACCAUGAAAUCAAAAGGAGAAACCCCAAAGGAUACAGUGCACCAGAACACACCGCCAGGCCGUCGCCUCGACCCCAAGGAGGUUUUGGAGUCUUUGCCACCGGAUCUGAAAACAUGCAUCCAGAUGCAAGAUAUGCAGAUUCUUCAGAACGUGCUGAGCAGCAUGAACCCACAGGUGGCAGAAUACCACGUGAAGCGUUGUUUGGAGGCAGGACUUUGGACGAAUAUACCACGAGCCUCCAAAGAAGAGAGUUCGGAAACAGACGAGUGGAGAAUGAUGGAGACUUAGCAGUGGAGACUAUCAGUUCCUGACGAAACUUCACUAGGAAAACAGUUUUGGGUCACUGGACAGGAAAAACAAGGGCUGUGCUCAGAGACUUUUCUUUCGUAUCCGUGCCUGAAUGUGUGCUGCACUUUAUAUUUGUUUAAAAGAGAAAGUAUUUUAAAAGAGAUCGGGAACUGUAUUUUGAGGCACUGAUAUUUUUGUGCACAAUUCUGUUGCUAACUUUUUCUUCCGUUUUAGCAUUGUGAGAAAAGGUACAUACAAAGGAAAGGAAAAACUCAUAGUUUGAAUCUUUUUUUGCCAUAAGUUGGUUUUAAAAAUAAUAAGAUCAAGCUUUUUCCUCAUGUUCUUUUUGUGUGGUUUCAUAUCUCCAUCUUUGGAUUGUAAUGUGCAACGUCCACUGAACAUUCAAACUCCAGCUGCUAUCUGGGAACUGUUUCAUGUGUCAUCUGUGUGUGGACGCGGCAGAUAACGGGCGGCUUCCUGCAGAUAGACAAACGACACUAAGGCGAAGCAGGACCUCCCAUUUUGCUAUCUUCACGAUGGAAAUAAGACCUCAUUUGCAGGUCUGGUAGUAUGACAUGAAAAGCAGCAAUAUAAUGUUGUUACCUACAAUGAAAGAAACUGUUCUGUGUGGCAGGUCAAGUGUGACAAAUAGUGUAUAGUUCACGCAAAAGUCAUUAUUUCUCAAUCUCAUGUUGCUCUAAAUCUAUUUGACCUGAUUUGGUCCCCAUUGGCUUUCAUUAUGUGGUCAAAAACGAGAAGCAUUCUCUUCUUGCAUUUUCCAUUAAAGAAAGACAGUCAUGUUUGGAACAAAAUGAGUGCAAGUAAAUAAUGACCGUUUUCAUUUUUGAGUGAUCUAUCCUAACAAAUAAGACUUUCAGAUGCCAUUUUGCCUCACUAUCAAACUGACUUGUAUUGAUUGCAGUAAUUGCAUUGAAACACCGCCGAUGCUGUUUGCUUAUCGCAUCCAGCUAGUUUGCAUUGCUUGUACUGCACAACGACCAUAUACAGCGAACCACAUUUCGUGUAAUAUAAACUGAUGGCUGUGAUGACAUUGUGCAAGUUCUUGCAAUCAGAUCAAAUCCUCAAUUAAAUCUUUAGACCCACAGUA